UCGAGACGGCUGGUCGUCCGAGGCUGCUCGGCUGUCACGUGAGACGGAAGCAGCUGAUUGAUAUGGAGGAGCGUGGCCUUCCUCUCCAGGCGUUGUCUAGCGCCAGGUGGCGCUAGAUCUCCAGUGAGCAGGCCUGAUGGAGUCACGCCUGUCAGCUGCAAGAGAGCCCCGUGACUGAAACCUGUUGGGAUGUCGGGAGGAAGAGAACAAAAGUGAGGCUCAUGACUCAUCAGAAUGGACAACAUCAAGUUAAUUGCUCUGACGAUGAGUAGACUUGAGCGACGGACCAGAAAACUCGGGGUGCUGGGGGUGUUUCUCCUGCCGCUGUGUGGAUGGGUGGGGGGGGUCUUCCGAGGUGAAGAGUCGAGGAUUCACGUCAACAAGGUUUAAUGGGCGGCCGGUAGAGCGGCAGGAGGCCACCGAGGGACAAUCGACAUGAACUCCAUCCCGUCCAUGGACAGACACAUCCAGCAGACCAAUGACCGGCUGCAGUGUAUCAAACAGCACUUACAAAAUCCCUCCAAUUUCCAAACGGCGGCGACGGAGCUGUUGGACUGGUGCGGCGACCCGCGAGCCUUCCAGCGGCCUUUUGAGCAAAGCCUGAUGGGAUGUCUGACGGUGGUGAGCCGCGUGGCGGCGCAGCAGGGCUUCGACUUGGACCUGGGCUACCGACUGCUCGCCGUAUGCGCCGCCAACCGGGACAAGUUCACGCCAAAGUCGGCAGCUCUUCUGUCGUCGUGGUGCGAAGAACUGGGACGCCUCCUCCUGCUGCGCCACCAAAAGAACCGACAGAACGAGCCUCCGGGGAAAGUGCCCAUGCAGCCCCCCAUGAGCUCCAUGAAGCCCGGCCUCUCGCACGGAGAUGGGUCUUUUCCCUACGACUCGGUUCCCUGGCAACAGAACACCAAUCAGCCUCCGGGUUCUCUGUCGGUGGUGACCACCGUCUGGGGCGUCACCAACACCUCGCAGAGCCAGGUUUUGGGCAAUCCCCUGACCAACAGCAACAAUCCCAUGAACCCGGGCGGCAACCCAAUGGCUUCGGGGAUGUCCGCCAACAAUCCUGGGAUGAACCCUUCUCACUUCAGCGGCCCUCAGCAGCAGUUCCCCAGCAAAGGCAACGCCAACCAGGCCUACAUGCAGCAGGGCAUGUACGGGCGGCCCAAUUACCCCCCAGGAGGCGGCUUUGGCGGCAACUACCCCGGAGGCCCCAACGCUGGACCCGGAGGCCUGGGCAUGCCUCCGCACUCGCGUCCUCCUUCAGACUUCACCCAACCUGCAGCGGCGGCCGCCGCCGCUGCCGCCGUCGCUGCCGCCGCCGCCACGGCGACGGCCACCGCCACCGCCACUGUCGCCGCUCUACAGGAGACUCAGAACAAGGACAUGAACCAAUACGGACCAAUGAGUUCCUCUUUCCAGAUGGGACCCAACCAGGCCUACAAUAGCCAGUUUAUGAACCAGCCGGGACCGCGCGGACCCCCGUCCCACCCUGGGAACAUGGGCUCAGGCAUGAAUGCAUCCAGCAUGAGCGGCCCCCCGAUGGCGAUGAACCAGCCCAGGGGCCAAGGCAUGGGACCCUUCGGAGGUCACGGCCAAAGGAUGCCCCAGCAAGGGUAUGCGGGACCGCGGCCUCAAGGCAUGCCUAUGCAGGGGAUGAAAAGGCCCUAUCCAGGGGAGCCGAACUACGGGGGGCAGCAGUAUGGACCAAACAGCCAGUUCCCCAGCCAGCAGGGCCAGUACCCGACACCCAAUGCUUCCAGGCCGCUGCCCUCCAGCAACUACCCCGGGCAACGGAUGCCGGGACAGCCGCUCCAGUCCCAAUAUCCACCCCCGAGUGGUCCCAUGGGCCAAUAUUAUAAGCAAGAGCCGCCUUUUAACGGCCAAACCACAAACUUUUCCGGGAGCGGUUAUCAGUACAGCCAGGGUAAUAUGAAUGGGCCAUCCAGACCGAUGGGCAACUACCCCCACUCCCCUGUACCGGGCAAUCCCACCCCUCCAAUGACCCCAGGAAGCAACAUCCCUCCGUAUUUAUCACCCAGUCAGGAUGUGAAGCCGCCCUUUCCUCCUGACAUCAAACCAAAUAUCGCCGCUCUUCCUCCACCGCCCGCCAACCACAACGAGGAGCUGCGCCUCACCUUCCCGGUGCGCGACGGCGUGGUCCUGGAGCCCUUCAGGCUGGAGCAUAACCUAGCAGUCAGCAAUCACGUCUUCCACUUACGACCCUCGGUGCACCAGACGCUUAUGUGGAGGUCGGACCUCGAGCUGCAGUUCAAGUGCUACCACCACGAGGACCGGCAGAUGAACACCAACUGGCCGGCGUCCGUGCAGGUCAGCGUCAACGCCACCCCGCUCACCAUCGAGCGCGGCGACAACAAGACCUCCCACAAGCCCUUGCACCUCAAGCACGUCUGCCAACCAGGCAGGAACACCAUCCAGAUCACCGUCACGGCCUGCUGCUGCUCGCACUUGUUCGUGCUGCAGCUGGUCCACAGGCCGUCGGUGCGUUCCGUCCUCCAAGGUUUAUUGAAGAAGAGGCUCCUACCAGCUGAGCACUGCAUCACCAAAGUCAAGAGGAACUUCAGCAGCGUGGCGUCGUCUUCGGGCAACGCGGGCCUCAACGGCGAGGACGGCGUGGAGCAGACGGCCAUCAAGGUGUCGCUCAAGUGUCCCAUCACCUUCCGGCGUAUCCAGCUGCCAGCCAGAGGCCACGACUGCAAGCACGUUCAGUGUUUCGACUUGGAAUCGUAUCUACAGCUGAACUGUGAGCGGGGCACGUGGCGAUGUCCUGUGUGCAAUAAAACGGCAUUGUUAGAAGGGCUGGAGGUGGACCAGUACAUGUGGGGGAUCUUGAACGCCAUUCAAAACUCCGAGUUGGAGGAGGUGACGAUUGACCCGACGUGCAGUUGGCGGCCGGUGGCCAUCAAGUCAGAGAUCCACAUCAAGGAGGACCCGGACGCUCCACUGGCCAAGCGCUUCAAGACCAUGAGCCCCAGCCAGAUGAUCAUGCCCAACGUGACCGACAUGAUCGCCCAGCUCGGACCCGGACCCUCGCCGUACUCCUCGCAGCAAGCCUCCAACAACGGUGAAUACGCUGCCCAAGGCAACAGUUACCACGGCAACUUUGAGUUCCCGCACGGAACGCCGGGCGCGACGUCCGUCAAUGACUUCAUGCACGGGCCCCAACUGUCGCACCCGCCCGACAUGCCCAACAACCUGAUGAGCACCGACAAGCCUCUUUCGCACGCCUUGCCUGACUCGAUACCUCACCCAUCCGUCAACGAGCCAUCUCAUAGCACGUUGCAGCAAAGCAUACACGGGUCGCCGCAUCCGGGCGGCCAAUCGGGGCAGCAACAGCAGCUCCACCACGGCGGACAGCCGCCCCCAUCGCGGCAACCCCCGCCGCCCCCUCCGUCAUCUCAGCAGCAGCAGCAACAGCAGCAGCAACAGCAGCCCGGUCCAAACAGCCACCCCCAUAGCGACCUGAGCUUCAACACCCCCAGCAGUUUGGACAGCCAAGCAGGCUCGGACAUGCCAGAACCUUCUUUAGACCUUCUUCCUGAGCUGGCCAACCCGGACGAGCUGUUGUCCUACUUGGACCCCCCGGACCUCCCCAGCAAUAGCAACGACGACCUCCUGUCGCUCUUUGAAAACAAUUGACCAGGCUGGCCAUGGACUGAAAGAAGAAAAAAAAAAAAAAAGCCCCAAAGGCUCCGUACUUGACAAAAACAACAAAGAUGCACUCCCCUUCUCUUCUUCCUCUUGUACAGUUUUGCUUCAGAAAGGACAUUAAAAAAAACAACAAAAAAAACAAAAAACACCUCAUUGGGAGGCGACUCGAACUGUGCAGCUAUUUUUGACUCGUCCACUUUGUAGCAUUCGCAUUCAUCAUCAUCAUCGGAAAUGGACACACACCUCAUUUCAAAAGCACAUCGUUCAUUUCUCCCUUCCAAAUUCAAAAAAAAUCUCCAAAAGUGAAGGGCUAAAGAUAUCUUCCGGAAAGUAUUAGCAGUGCUCCGGGUUUCAGUUUUUCAGGUUAGUCCCCACCCCACCCCGAUUUUCAGUUUUUGUAUUCAUUUCAGGUAGCCGUAAAUACAAAGGAAAGUGUCGACACAAGAUUUAAUAACUUCACAUUUUCCUGUAUUAUGGUGCUCCACAAUCUUCAAGUUGCAGCGGCCCUUAGUCUCCUCCUGGAUCACGUGAGUGUCCUUAUCGUGGAGAAGCCGGUUACAUCAGAUACUAGUUCUCGGCCAGUGUCCUUUUCUUUCUGACAAUUGACUGCUCUGGCGCGGUCCUGAAUCUCCUGUUGGAUAAGAUGCAUGGAGAAUUCGCUUUAUUAUUUUUAUUCUUUUUUUUUAAUCACGUAAACUGCCAAAUUUAUCCAGGCUCUUAAUAAUUUAACACUUACAAAAUCACUUUCUGUUGUAUUCCCUUCCAUCUAAAAUGAAUAUAAAAAUGCAUAAUUCACGGCGUAGUUGAUGAAAUGCCCAUUCCUUCUCUCUGUCAGCCUUGACGAUGAUGUGCAGUGUGCCAAGCUGAAAAUCUGCUGCUGAAAUCGCUCAGUGCACCAAUUGACUGGAUUUUUAUUUGUUUGUCUGUCUCUAGCUAAUUGAAGCAUAACACAUUUUGGUAAACUGCUCACCCAAAGUCGGAAGGGCGGGAAUGAAAUGACGAAUGUGUGCGUGCGUGCGUGUGUGUGUGUGUGCUCAAGUUGAUCCACGGCAAGGUGACUGGGAAAGGCAGUAUUUGUGCCGCUUUUCCUUGACUGUCUGUUGGAAGCGGAAGAGUGCUGUUCAAGUAUGCAAAUGUAUUUUUUUCUAAGAAAGGCUAUUGUGGCUGUAAAUUUGUUGAUUGUGGAUAUUUUUCUAUCACGUUGAUGAUGAAACAAAACAACAAAUUUGAAAGUCAUCCCUCUUGGUCCUCAAACGUUAUAUAAGUUAUUUCCUAUCUGUUUGCCCCUACAUCAACAUUAUUAUUUUUAUUUGUUUUAGCCAGCAGAAGCCUGUCAGAGAUACUGAACUGUUUUUGUUUUGUUUUUUAAUUCUUUUUUUUUAUUUUCUGGUAUUCAGUAUAAUCACAAACUACAUUGGUGUAUUAAAGAUGUCAGACAUAUAUUUGAAAGAAAUAUUUUUAAACAUCGUCCUUUAAAAAAAAACAGAUAAGAUUAUAUUAUUUCUGUCAUAAAAACAAGUUGGAGGGUGUGGCCAUAACCAUGUCAUCAUCUUGUCCCCCCUUUUUUUGUGGUAAUUUAUUUCAACGCUUAUUAAAAAAUACUUUUUCUGUAAGGGGAGAAAUCGGUUGUCUCUCACUGUGGCCUGACUUUAAUUAUUGUUUUCAUGAAGUUUCUGCGUUGCCUGUGUUUCUUUUUAAUGUAUUUUUCUUUUUUUUUAUUCUUCAUCUGUAAUUCUAGAAAUUCAAUAUCUCACUGUAGUCUGUUCAUUAUUAUUAUUAUUACUUUCACAAUUUUUGUUGCAAUAUAAAUUUCCCCUCCCCUUUUUUGGGUAAUUUAUUUUGUACUUUUUUUUUUUUUUACGUGCUUGCUGGCUUUCAAUGUAAUGUGAAUAUCAUUGUUGUUAAUACGCUGGUAUUUUAAAGAGCAUAUUUUAAAGAAAUGGUAUUGUUUAUAUUCUUUGACAUAAAAAAAAAACUUUUUUACUAUAUACAUUUCACCCCUAUUCUUUUUCUUUGUAAUUUAUUUUUUUUAACUUUUUUUAUUCUUCUGUAACACGAGAAACCAAUUGUCUCUCACUGUAGCCUCCCUACACUUUCUUUUACGAUGUCAUUUAAAUCACUUCUUCCAGUUCAACACACUGACAAAAAAAUGACGAUACACUGCCACGUUUUAUUUUUAUUUUUUUAUUCAUGUAUAUGUAUACUGUUUGAAUGGAGCCGUCGGAUGAAUUCAUGUUUAUUUCUUGCAUACAGGUGAGCCACUUUUGUGUGCCCUCAAUCUGUAGUUGCACAAUCACAUCAAAGGGUCUUGUUUUAAAAAGAAGAAUAACAAAGACAUAAAAAUGAAGCAUGGAAGGCCUGGAAAUGAUGUCCAGGGCAAAGCGAAGCCACGUGUCCUAAGGAUGUCUGUAUAUAUGUAAAUGAAUAUAGAGACAUGUGAACAGAAAUGUAUUCAUACAUCCCUGGGAAUGUGCAUUGUUUCCUCAGAAUAAUAAAAAAAGCUUGCAACCCCUCUA